CGGGGCCGGGGGGGCCUCAACCGUCUCCCAACCGCACCGUAUCGCAGCCUCACCCCUGCGGGACUCAGGAUGCAGGCCAAAUACAGCAGCACCAGGGACAUGCUGUAUGCUGAGGAGGACUCCUCGCUGACCCUGCGCUCGCAGGCCUCCACCGCCACCCAGCGCACGGAGCCCAGGCGCACAGCUGAGACUCGGCCUCAUUCUCCAGCCUGGCGUCCCCUGGCCCUGACCUUCCUGGCUUUGUGUUUGGCGCUGCUGAUUGGCCUGGCUGUCCUGGGCUUUGUAUUUUUCCAGUACUACCAGCUCUCCAACACCCAGAAAGACAUUAUUUCUCAAAAGGAGGAAAGGUUGGGGAACCUCUCAAGACAGCUACAAUCUCUCCAAGACCAAAACAAGAAACUUAGAGAAUCCCUACAGCGGGUGGCUGAAAAACUCUGUCGUCAACUCUACAACAAAACUGGAGAACACAGAUGCAGCCCUUGCCCAGAUACAUGGAAAUGGCAUGGGGACAAAUGUUACCAAUUCUCUAGCAAGAGCGAAAAUUGGCAGUGCUGUGAUUAUUACUGCACGGCUGCAAAUGCCACCAUGCUGAUGAUACACACACAACAAGAGCUGGACUUUGCCAUGCCUCAGAGCUACAAUGAAUUUUUCUACUCUUACUGGACCGGGUUGUCUCGCGGCGUGGGUGGCAAGUCCUGGCUGUGGGUGGAUGGAACGUCAUACUCCCCUGAACUGUUUGAGAUUAAAAUCGAUUUCUCCAGCAAAAGGAGUAGGGACUGUGUGACCAUUCUCAAUGGAAAGGCUUUCUCAAAGAACUGCCAGGAGUUGAGGCUGUGCGCGUGUGAGACAAAGGCCACCCCCGUGAAGCUGGAGGAGCUUCUGUGACUUUUCCAUGCAUCGGGAGGAAAUCGUUGGCUCCACAGCUG